AUGUCCGACAUUCCAAACGGAAUUCAAUUAGCCGAUCCCUCGUUCUACAAACCGAGUAACAUUGAUGUUAUUAUAGGGGCAGAGCUAUUCUUCGAUAUUUUCAACCCGUCGGAACGUAUAUUAUUGGGAAAUUCAUUACCAUGGUUAAUAAACUCGAAGGUUGGCUGGAUCGUCUCCGGCAACACACAUCAGAAGUACACAAAUAUCCCAUUUGCAUGUGACAUUGCUACUACAUCAGAUCUGCACCGUGAUAUGGAGCGUUUUUGGUCCAUCGAAGAUGAUUCGAUGAAGGCAUUCUCACCUCAAGAAACAGCGUGUGAAAAUUAUUUCGCGGACACGACAUCUCGUGAACCAGAUGGUCGAUACACGGUUCGCCUUCCUUUCAAAGGGGAAUUUGUGCACAACCUUGGAGAUAAUAAACAAACCGCUCUUCGCCGUUUUCGGCACAUUGAAAGCCGCUUCAAUCGAAAUCCAACUCUUGCCAAGGAAUACCGAGAUUUCAUGGACGAGUAUUUGAGACUCGGUCAUAUGCAACAAAUUGAGGAAGUUCAAACUACUACACCAUCUUCAUUCUUUCUUCCACAUCAUCCGGUCAUCCGUGAUGACCACACAACGACCAAGGUUCGCGUCGUGUUCGACGCAUCGUGCAAGAGUGCAACUGGUUUGUCAUUGAAUGACAUCCUGGAAGUUGUACCAGUAAUCCAGGACGAUCUACGCUCAAUUGUUAUGAGAUCGCGGUUGCAUUCUUUUUUACUGAUUGCAGACAUAACAAAAAUGUUUCGUCAGAUAAAUCUCCACCAUAAAGACACACCUUACCAAAGGAUAUUUUGGCGUUCCUCAUCAUCGGAGCCAGUUCGAAUGUAUGAGUUAACCGUCACAUAUGGCACUGCAUCAGCCCCAUAUCUUGCCACUCGUGUAUUCAAACAGUUGGCGAACGACGAGGAACAAAAUUAUCCACUUGCAUCCAGAGCCACACUGGUUGACUUUUACAUGGAUGAUUUCGUUUCUGGUACAAGCACUAUAUACGAGGCAAUCGAACUCCAAAACCAGAUGGAUUCCACGUUCAAAUCUGCUGGCAUACAACUCCGAAAAUGGGCAUGCAACUCAUCGGAAAUUUUAAAGCAUAUUCCUGAAAACAAUCGAGCAUUAGAAUCAUCUGUUGACCUUGAUAAGGACAAGUCGAUCAAAACAUUGGGUUUGCAUUGGGAACCCAUGACUGAUAGAUUGAAAUACAUGAUACAACUGGAGCCCGACGAUGUUACACAGCCAAUAACGAAACGUACAACGCUUUCUUGCAUUGCGCGGAUAUUAGAUCCGUUAGGAUUAGUCGGCCCGGUGGUGGUUACUGCAAAAAUAUUCAUGCAGAUUUUAUGGAGUCUGAGAGAGGAAAAUGGAAAGAUAUACGACUGGGAUUGCGAAUUGCCCGCAGACAUUAAAAAUCAAUGGAAUACAUUCUACAUGCAAUUGGAUCGUCUUAACGAAUUGCGUAUCGAACGACAAGUGCUACUUCCGGAUGCAACUUCUAUCGAAAUGCAUAUUUUCUCUGACGCUUCUGAGCACGCUUACGGAGCGUGCGUAUACUUACGCACAGCAAACAGUUUAGGCGAAAUCAAGGUUGCACUUCUUACGUCACGUUCCAAGGUGUCGCCACUGAAAUAA